AUGGAGAAAAGUGACAAACAGGAGCUGAUUGCAGUGAUAGAGGAAAUGUGUUCACCUCUGCUUUCUGCUGGUGAUUUGCAGUUGCAAAGUGACACAGAUUCAGGGAGCAAUGCAUCAUAUUCCCUUCAUGAUACAGUUGAAAAGCGACCAGUCAGUGAAGGUGACUCAUCCAUAACGGAUUCCACAGAGAAGAAGUUUACAUGUUCAAGCGGAAGUGAAGAUAGUGACAGUGAUGUGGAUGAGGAUACUAUGUAUCCCAUCAAAGAUAAGAUCAGUCUGGUGAUGCAGAUUGAAAAGCUGCAGAAGGAGCAAGAAGAACUAAAACAGAAACAGCAGAUACAUGAAAAGCAUAUCAGGGAGCUCUUGGAACGUGAACCAUAUGUCAACAUGCACUUUAAGUCUCUCAGGAGCAGUUACUCUUCUGAAACAAAUCCAAAGCUGUUUACUCAGUUGAAAAGUGGCCUGCCCUUGUCCACAUCAUCCAAUUGGAAGCAGCAACAUCCACUAUUGACGGAGGAGCAUAUUUAUGUCCAACUUGAGCAACUCUACGCCAAUUUCCAUGUUCUGCAUUUCCCAUCCAAAGCAGCCCAAUUCCUUUUGAAUGGCCAAAAGGGCAACAGUUUUGUUGAUGCUGGCUCUGUAGAAGAGAUCAAAUCCUUGAAAAAUAAAAUCAAGGAACUUGAGAGGAAGCUGAGCUGCAGUACUCACAAGAAUCUUCCACAACCACACAUACUGAAACCAGCUAGAGGUGAUGGUCGAUUAGAUGAUAUAGCUUCUCCUUACUCAUCUCAAACACUAAUUGGCGUUUCAGGGCGCCCAGUAUCCCCUGUUCCCUUACCCCCAAUGCCUGCAGAUUUUUUCCCUACAGAAGUUACAUUUAAGUGGAUCAUUUCCAACUAUUCUAAAAAACUGCGACAGGAAAAGCUCGAUGAAGGCCACAAGGAGGUUUCAUGGCCAUUCUACAUGACACACUGUGGAUACAGGGCUCAAGCCGAGGUAUAUCUCAAUGGAAAUGGAACUGGAACUAAUCGGUGCAUGUCAGUGUUUCUUCGGAUUAUCAAAGGAGACUAUGACCGACAUUUAAAAUGGCCUGUAAAUCUUCAGUUUGUUGUCAUUUUGGUUAACCAGUCAGAUGACCACACUGAUUCACUGAAGGCCGGGGGAAACCAGUUCCAGUACACCAAGCCAUGGGGAGUAUCAGACGGAGAGAGUGAUUGCUGGGGUCUGGUUGAAUUUGUCAGCCAUGACAUGAUAAAACAGCGAAAUUAUAUUCAUGAUGAUAAAAUUGAGCUGAAGAUUCGUAUGCUCCUGUUAUGA